CGAUAACACCCUUACGUAAGAACGUUAAAAACAUACAAAGUACAUAUUAAAAAAAGCAUUUAAAGUGUUGGAACAUUUCUUAUAUAUUAAAUCAUAUCUAUAAAGAUAUCAAUUGUUUGUUGGUUCAGUGGUGAUUGGGGCUGAACUUGGUAGGGAGAACCCGUGUUCGAUCCCCCGCAACAACAAUUGGGAGGGAAAUGGAACCUAACCACCCAGAACUCGCUCCGAAUCCGGAUUAGCCCUAAGGGUGAACCGGAUGCUAACACCAAAAAAAAAAUCAUAUCUAUAAAGAUAAAAAAAGAAAAGGAAACAAAUAUCUCUUUUUCUCGUGCACCAAGUGCUAGUUUGUUAUAUUGAACCAACCGACCUCUGUAUAACAUGAUUAGAACGAUAUAAUUAACCGGAAAAAAAGGAAAACAAAAAAAUGAAACAUAACUUAUGUAAAUUAGAUAACACUCCAACAAUCUAACAAACAAAAAUUUUCUCAUAUAACGGUUGUGAUGUGUUGUACCACUUCACAUUUACAAUGGGCAAAAUAAUUAACUAGAGAGAAAAAAAAAAAAAAAAAAAAAAAAGAAGAAAAGAAGAGAAUAAACAAAUUUGAAUAAUGCAUUUUAUUAGAUUAAUUUCUGUUAAAAGGCUUGGGAAACAAGAAAUCUGUUAGCCCAAAUACAACAAGAACAAGAACAAGAACAUUUAACCUAAUCAGAGCAAAUCAUCCUGCAAUUAAUUAAGCCUUCAAAAGUAAGAAAGGUUUAAUUGUAGAAACCUUUUCGUAUAUGUUUGAUCAGAUGAUCAUCUAUCCAUGGGAAACAAAAUAGCAAGUUUUAUCGAUUAUUGGUUUAAACCAAGUUCGAAACCGCCGCAGCAACCACCGCCGCCGCAACUUCCAAACGAUGUAUUAGCCCUAAUCAUCAACAAACUCGACAUGGUAAGCCUUUGCCGGUGCACCGCCGCCUCAAAGAAGGAGUUUUCUCACCUCUUACCCGGCCAUGUCCGUUCCAUGUCCACCCCAUUACCCCCCUCCUUCCUCCUCCCGGAAAAAACAACCUAUUGGUACGGUAAAUUCAUUCUUUACAUAAUUCAAAAAUUAAAACACUAUAUCUUGACGAUAAACACAGGUGGUUCAGGUUGGAUUCGUAGCUUCUUCAUUACCGUCGUUUGUGUACCGUCGUUUUUCUUUCUCUUCAUUUUGAUCCACACGCCGAGAGUGUCACCCUCGGGGCGGCGGUUUUUCCGACGGCUAAAACGGCUCGAGUUCGUGGAACUCGUGCUUCCGCCACCUCCCACGGCGGAUUACCUCACGAAUCCUGACAAAACGUGGUUUCGGUGGGAUGCUAAAUUUAUGGAAAACGGAAAUUAUCAUCUUAUCUUUGUUAUCGGUGACAUCAUUGGAAACAACAAAGAUGUUCUUUAUCCUAGAGAAAUAAAUCCAAAGGAAGAGUUCUUCAAGAAGGCGGAGGUAGUAGUACGGCAUUUGACGUUUCAUGUGUUUACCCGUAUGUAUCUAUCAGUUUCCGAGAAUGAACUCUUCUUUAACAUUCUCCGGAAUAGGCAGCGUUGCUUGAUGGACAGUGUCGGGGAUCUUGUUAGCAUGGAUGCCGGAAAAAAUGGGAGAUUACGGAUGCAGCCGGCGCCGGAUUCCAAGGGCCGGAAUCGCUCUAGUAAUAAUAGUAAUAGAGGUAUUUCUCAUCAAUCAACGGUUUGUUACGUUCCUACGAGCUUGAAAGUACCAAGUAACAAUGGUGGUUCAAGUAUGCUAAUGAAAAAUGUGUGGCUUUUGUUCAUGUCUGGUGAGGAUCUAGUUGAUGAUGAAGGGGGUAGUAGUGUUGAUGAUUCAGUAAGGGGUUGUGUCAAUAAUUUUGAAGAAGUUGAUGAUUCAAGAAUGGAGUUAAAGGAAGCUGUGAUGAGUAUACUGGCGGAUCAGAACAAACGUGAGUUUGAAGAUGCGCAUUUCUGGGAAAACUAUGAAUCCUAGUUUUAUAAUUAGGCUGGUGAAACUGAUAUGGUAUGCAGUUUUGCAAGAAAUCCUGCUGUUUAUUAUUCAUUCUGGCAUGCAGCUAAUUCAUCAUGCUAGAAAGUAGAAACUUUAAUUCAGAAGAGGUUGAUGUACCGGCGCAUUGCUGUGGAACCUCUAAUUAAGAUAAUAGUACCAAAUAUUCCAUUACAUUUGAACACCAAAUUAUUAAUCAAAAGUUACUUGUACUGAAUAAUUAGUUAACCUGCUAAUCACCACUGAAGGCGCGGGUUCGGCGGGUAUUCCCUAAGUGCAGCUGAUGGCAGUCAUGGCAUGAUGGCAUACACUGGCGUGGGCGCGUGGCAUGUGAAUCUGUGAUGUACUUCGUAUUAAUUCUAGAAUCAACAGAAGUUAUAAGGACAACCAAACUUACGGAGGUUCAGUCGUUAAUCGAAUGGCAGUGGAUCCAAAAAUUAUAGGGACAAAUUCAGUUACAAACUUGUGUACAACCAAACUUUUUUUGCCAUUUCUAAUACGCAUGACCUGAAUAACUUGUGUAAAACCCUUCAGGAUAUAUGUGAAGAACUGUUUCUUUUUGCAACUUCUAACUUCCUAAAAAACAAUAUUAGGUUCCCCUAGCCCAACCGGCCUCCAUAAUAGAAUUUUAAUCACACACCCAAAUUUGGAAGGGAGGUUCCCCUAACACAAUCCCCCCUACUAUAACCAUAAUUAUAUACCUAAAUUGAGGGGGAGGAGAAAGAUUGAUGGGUUUCCCUAGCCCUUCCUAAUGCAUGCAAGAGUAAUAAUAACACACCAAAAUUGGAGGGUGUAUAUACGUCCUUAUCCUUGCUCCAUCUUUUCUCAUGAUUGUUGUUUGAGCCUUAGGCUCUGUUUGUUUUAACGGAAAUCACCUUUUCAGAAAAUGAUUUCCCAAUUUCCUUUGUUUGUUUUAUUAAGGGUGGAAAAAUCAACUUGCCUUGUGAAAAGAAGGAAUGCCACAUUUUCCACUCUAAUUCCUUACAUUUCCUUUUCUUUCCUUAUUUUCCACUUCUAUAUUCUUUUUCUUUACAACUUUUAUGGUAAGGAAACAAACAAACGAAAACUAUUUUCCAUGUAUUCCUUUGAAAAUUGUUUUCCACGGAAAAUCAUUUCCUUUUUUAAAAAAAACGGAGCCUUAAGCCUUUCGCAAAAAGAUUAAGUGUUGGUUUCUCUUUUCUAUGAACGCUAAUCUUCACCGGAUACAAAUUCAAUUAUGUUGUUUCAACUUCUAUAUUUACUCUUGCUUAUCAUGUGGUGGGAGGUUGGAUUAUAAUUGAUAAUGUUUCCACUAUGAGUAAUUCAUAAAAAAUGGAGCAAAACUCCUCCAGUCCUCCUAUUCUAAUGAUCAGAGGACAACAUAUAUUAAUCGUUACAAAAAACAAAACAAAACAAAAAAAAAACUCACUAAUUGGUUCCAAAUACUCCCUAAUUCAUUCAUUCCUCUCAUCUGAGGCGUAGAAAUAGUGCAAAUUCUUGAAAAUUAUUCUUAAUGUAUAUAAAUACAAAAGUGUUACCCAAAACACCAUGGAUUUGAUAUUUUGAUCUAUGUACCUAGACUCUCGGUUUUAACCACUAGGCUAAGACUUCACUCAUCGGUAUCUCACAACUGAGACAUUCAUUACAAUUACCCGGACAAAAACAUGCAUUUAAGCAAAUUAGAUAAUACUCCAACAAAUUAACUAACAAAGAAAUGCAAAAUAAUUAAACAGAAAAAAAAAAAAUAAAAAAAAAAAUAAAAAUAA